AUGGCAGAUAAUCAGUACUCCUCGCCGUUAGAAAGGCUAGACGGAAUUGUAGACGAUGAAUUCAAUGAUAACUGCUCGAAUACGGUGUUUGAUCCACCAUUCUAUGGGCAUCCCAUGUUGAUUCCGCCGUCUCCUUCAUUGACUACGAUGCUGCGAGCAAGGUCUACCACGCCCGAAGGAGACGAAAUUGACGUCUCUGAAAUGGAUCAGCAGGAUUGGGAUAUCAUGGUCAAGGUCCCUACUUAUGAAUACUAUGGAUUCGUUCUGUACCUGGUAUCGAUGGUCGCUUUUGGCCUCUUCAUCUUUUGGGCGAUUCUUCCAGCUUCUGCGUUAAAUUAUUUGGAAAUACAUUCCUACCUUUCUCGUUGGUGGGCACUGGCAAUUCCAAGUUGGAUAUUGGUGCUGGUCAUUUAUAUCCACGUUGCUUUGAGUGCAUACAACACCGAAGUGCUGACAAGGCCUCUCAGUAGCUUGGAAUUUUUAGUAGAUCAAUAUUCCCAAGUAGGCGAAGAGGAUGGAGCCGCUUGCGGUCGUGUUGUCGACCUUCGCCUGUGCGAUGUAAACCGUCAACGAUACGAGGUCACAAAUGCAAAGUAA